AUGUUUGGGAUUAGACAACACAUUCUCAAAAAUGGAACCACGGUGCUCGCCGUGUCUCUUUCGUUGGAUUACGCGCGGAAGGAGCUCUUAUCUUCAUCUCAUUCCAACAUCCUCACCGCCGUUAACUCUCAGGGAAUCUCAGGCAUGCAUGCUUCUAGAUCAUGUGUCUUCGUUGACGGACCGUUGCAAGACUAUUUUAUAUCAACUUCGAGGGAAUUGAUACUUUAUGAGUUCCCCAGCAUGUGGUUGCUUCGUCUCGUCUCCGUGUUCAUGUCGUUGGCCAGUAGCUGCUCUGCUUUGGCACCCAGCGGUGCUUGGGAUAGGUUCAACCUUGCGCCCGCAUCACGAACGGUCUACCCGACGGCCAUCCAUUCCAUGAAUGGGACUGUAAAAGAGGCAAAUCUUCUCAUUGAUAACAAGGGUAAAGCGACGUUCAUCGGAAUAGGCUCUUGGGUCGCGUUGGAUUUUGGCAUCGAAGUCGGAGGAUUGAUAUCGAUGAACUUCGACUCAGUCACCUCAACAUCCUCACUCGUUCUUUCCUUCACUGAAUCACCGCUCUUCAUACGGCCGACUGCCUCCGACGACUCUUCCUAUCCUUCUGCAAAUACGACCUACGACGGAGUGCUCCAGGUGAAUGCACCAUUGAAAACUGGCGAUUGGAUCCAACCUGCUGCAGCACUUCGAGGUGGUUUUCGAUAUCUAACGAUAGUAUCCAUGUCGACUGCACCCACAACCGUAUCCAAUAUUUCUUGCUCUAUUUCCUUCAUGCCACACGUUGACGACAUGAAAGCAUAUUCUGGAUACUUUUUUGCAUCCGACCCUCUAUCGCAGGAUGAGGACUUUCUGACCAAAGUUUGGUAUGCUGGCGCAUAUACGGUGCAGACUAACACGGUGCCUCUCGACACCGGCCGGCGCGUGCCGUUUGCGCCUGCAGGAUCUUGGGCGAACGAUGCAAGAUUAGGUGUUGCUGGACCCAUCAUCGUCGACGGUGCGAAGCGAGAUCGUGCAGUAUGGCCAGGUGCCCAUAGCGGAUACCUUUGA